AAGGGUAUUCGACUCUGUUGGACAAAGUUUGGUGCCAGAAUGGAGCUCGAAUAUAAUCCCCUCGGCGACGGUCUCAGGGAACGUUUGGAUGCGUUCUUUGGUCGACGGGAUCAUUUUAUUGAGGUGAACCCGGGUCGAGUCGUAAUGCCCAAGGCAUUUGCUGAUCUUGGCGAUUCGAUCCGUACUCUGCCGAUCCGUUCGAACGAUGUGUGGCUAAUGUCUUUCCCGAGGGCCGGAUCAACCUGGGCACAAGAGAUGGUAUGGCUUCUUGGUAACAAUCUCAACUACGAUGCGGCCCGCAAUCAAAUGCAGCAAGUGCGUACACCUCUGCUCGAGCUUUCGGCAAUCUUUUCCGAUGAUCGUAGCGUUGAAAACACUGUGACCCGACAUGAAAAAAUCGAUUCCGUGCAAUGUGUCCAUCAGAUGGCAGGAAGGCGCUUCAUUAAAUCACACCUACCAUGGCAGCUACAUCCCCGCGAGAUGGAUAACGUGCGUCCAAAGAUCAUCUACGUCGUACGAAAUCCCAAGGACCUUUGCGUCUCUUACUACUACUAUUGUCAGCUAAUCCAUCGGUCCGAAGGUACCUUCGAAGAAUUUUGUGACAUCUUCCUAGCAGAUCAGGCUCCGAUCGGGCCCAUGUGGGCCCACGCAUUGGCUUUCUGGAAACGACGCAAUCAGGACAAUAUGCUGUUCUUGAAGUACGAGGACAUGAAGCGCAACUUGCCAGAAGUGAUACGCCGGUGCGCUCAAUUUAUCGAUUUUGGUCGCGACUUAACGGAUGACGAGGUGCAAAAAAUGUGUGAUCACCUUCAAUUCGAACGGAUGCAACGUAAUCCAGCUGUAAAUCUGGAGCCACUUAUGAAGGAUUCGGCGAUCAUCCAGGAUGACGCUAAUGUGAAGUUCAUUCGCAAAGGCGAAAUUGGUGACUGGAAAAACCAUAUGAACCCGGCAUUGUCCGCGAGAUUCGACGCCUGGAUAGAGGAGCACUUCGAAGGCACUGGGUUGGAGUUUGAUUAUGAAUGAGUUAUGAAAUAAAGCAUCAUCUUUAUCAACGAAACAUUUAA